AUGUCCAACGAGGGCCAACUUCUUGUCGCUCUACGUCGUGGCGACGCAGCCACAUUUGCAACGCUGUUGGAAAAAGGCGUCGCAUGCAUCGCCGUCAACAGCUGGGGUCAAACGCUGCUGCACGAAGCAGCUGGCAAAGGCCACGUCGAAAUCGUUCGUUUGCUUCUGCAGCACCUGCCAAAGGUCCCGUUCCGGCACUUGCAGGUGCCUGUUGGCAUCAACGCCACGGAUUCUGUGCUCGGCGAUACGCCGCUCCACUAUGCUGUGUAUUACAAGCACGUGGCGAUCGUCGAGCUGCUUCUCGACGCCCACGCCUCGGUGGUCGUCGCCAACAAUGAACUCGAGACGGCCAUUGCGUACGCCAAGCGCUACGGCGCGCACGAGAUUUUGCCGCUUUUGCUCGACCGUUUGCCUUGGGAGCUCCCAGUAACGACGCCCGCCGAGGCAGCCUAGUAUGUAUAUAUCUAAUUACUUAAUGACCACACAAAAACAUGUCUAUCAAAAU